AUAAAAGUAAAUUUAAAAGAAGGAAACUUCAUUUUUAAUAUACAACAGCGAAGUAAAACUCGCCAGUCGCCAUAGAUGGUCGAGUAAGAUGGUGGGUCUGUUUGGGAAGUCCUCUCAGUCUCAAUCUUCAAACAAACAACAUAAACGAGAAGGGGAAUGGUUCGGUGUGAGUUUCAGGCCAGAAAAUUUCAUACCAGGUCUCGUCAUCGGCUUCAUUUUUGGGUUGCUUUUAGAUUUAUCUGGACUUCCCAAACAUAAUUCCAAAGGAAACAAAAGCUUUCCUACUAGGGGCAACAGACAACAACAAAGGGUAGUUUCAGAUAAUGGCGAUGAAGAGCUUAAAAUGGUUUUGGUUGUCAGACAAGACUUGAAGAUGAGACAGGGAAAAAUUGCAUCUCAAUGUGCUCAUGCAGCCACUGGUCUUUAUGCUGAACUGAUGCAAAGCCAGAGAUUCCUUUUGAGACAAUGGGAGCAAUGUGGCCAACCAAAAAUAGUUGUGACAUGCAAGAAUCAACAGGAAAUGAAUAGAUUGAAGGAGACAGCAGCGAGCAUUGGCCUUCCCACUUUUGUUGUUGCUGAUGCAGGACGCACACAGGUUUUGGCUGGAUCAAAGACAGUUCUUGCCAUUGGACCUGGUAGGAAGACAUUGGUUGAUUCAGUUACUGGGAAAUUGAACCUGCUCUAAUAAUUUUGUCCACCUAGAGAUGGCCAUGGUGUGUUAGUAAAACAAAGACAACAACAGUAGAUACUGGGAAAACAAACAAACAAACAUUGGGAAUUUAGAGAAGGAAAAUUUUGUUACCAUGGCAUUGUUGAGCUGUCCUUGAUUCAAGGUCUUGGGUUCCAUUUCAAUGGAGCAAGAAAGACAAGCCAUGAAAUCGCCAGAAAUCGCAGACUAACAAUGCAGAUGGAUUGUUGCUCUUUCUUUAUGUUUCAUAAGAUUGUCAUUGUAACUGUACAUUUAUAGACUUCUGAACAAAGUUGAGUGACUGUGAAGGAACCUACCUUGUUAUGAUCAUUCUGGUUAAUUGAAUAAUGUGAGGUCAGGGUUAGAGAACAAAGCAAAAUCUGUUUCUUCUGUCA